CCCAGUGAAGAAUGUGAUGGGAUCAGUAGCAUGUCUGCGGAGAGCGGCCCUGGGACGAGAUUGAGAAAUCUGCCAGUAAUGGGGGAUGGACUAGAAACUACCCAAAUGUCUACAACGCAGGCCCAGGCCCAACCCCAGCAAGCCAACGCAGCCAGCACCAACCCCCCGCCCCCAGAGACCUCCAACCCCAACAAGCCCAAGAGGCAGACGAACCAACUGCAAUAUCUGCUCAAAGUGGUGCUCAAGACACUAUGGAAACACCAGUUUGCGUGGCCUUUCCAGCAGCCUGUGGAUGCCGUCAAGCUAAACCUCCCUGAUUACUAUAAAAUCAUUAAAACACCUAUGGAUAUGGGAACAAUAAAGAAGCGCUUGGAAAACAACUAUUACUGGAAUGCUCAGGAAUGUAUCCAGGACUUCAACACUAUGUUUACAAAUUGUUACAUCUACAACAAGCCUGGAGAUGACAUAGUCUUAAUGGCAGAAGCUCUGGAGAAGCUCUUCUUGCAGAAAAUCAAUGAAUUGCCCACUGAAGAAACCGAGAUCAUGAUAGUCCAGGCAAAAGGAAGAGGACGUGGGAGGAAAGAAGCAGGGACGGCAAAACCUGGCGUCUCUACGGUACCAAACACAACGCAGGCAUCGACUCCUCCGCAGACCCAGACCCCCCAACAGAACCCUCCGCCCGUGCAGGCCACACCUCACCCCUUCCCCGCGGUCACCCCAGACCUCAUCGUCCAGACCCCCGUCAUGACAGUGGUGCCUCCCCAGCCACUGCAGACACCCCCACCGGUGCCCCCGCAGCCACCACCCCCACCCGCGCCAAACCCCCAGCCUGUGCAGAGCCACCCGCCCAUCAUCGCGGCCACCCCACAGCCUGUGAAGACAAAGAAGGGAGUUAAGAGGAAAGCGGAUACCACCACCCCCACCACCAUCGACCCCAUUCAUGAACCACCAUCACUACCCCCGGAGCCUAAGACCACCAAGCUGGGCCCCCGGCGGGAGAGUAGCCGGCCUGUGAAGCCCCCCAAAAAGGAUGUGCCCGACUCACAGCAGCACCCUGUGCCGGAUAAGAGCAGCAAGGUCUCGGAGCAGCUGAAGUGCUGCAGUGGUAUUCUCAAGGAGAUGUUUGCCAAGAAGCAUGCAGCUUAUGCCUGGCCGUUCUACAAGCCCGUGGAUGUGGAGGCGCUGGGUCUGCACGACUACUGUGACAUCAUCAAGCACCCCAUGGACAUGAGCACAAUCAAGUCUAAACUGGAGGCCCGUGAGUACCGUGAUGCUCAGGAAUUUGGUGCUGAUGUCCGAUUGAUGUUCUCCAACUGCUACAAGUACAACCCUCCUGACCAUGAGGUGGUGGCCAUGGCCCGCAAGCUCCAGGAUGUGUUCGAGAUGCGCUUUGCCAAGAUGCCAGAUGAGCCAGAGGAGCCUGUGGUGGCCGUGUCCUCCCCGGCGGUGCCACCCCCCACCAAAGUGGUGGCCCCACCCUCGUCCAGCGACAGCAGCAGUGACAGCUCCUCCGACAGUGACAGCUCCACCGAUGACUCUGAAGAGGAGCGAGCCCAGCGGCUGGCAGAGCUCCAGGAGCAGCUCAAAGCCGUGCACGAGCAGCUUGCAGCCCUCUCCCAGCCCCAGCAGAACAAACCAAAGAAAAAGGAGAAAGACAAAAAAGAAAAGAAAAAGGAAAAGCACAAAAAGAAAGAGGAAGUGGAGGAGAAUAAGAAGAGCAAAGCCAAGGAACUUCCUCCCAAAAAGACCAAGAAAAAUAAUAGCAGCAACAGCAAUGUGAGCAAGAAGGAGCCAGCGCCCAUGAAGAACAAGCCCCCUCCUGCGUACGAGUCAGAGGAGGAGGACAAGUGCAAGCCCAUGUCGUAUGAGGAGAAGCGGCAACUCAGCCUGGACAUCAACAAGCUCCCUGGCGAGAAGCUGGGCCGUGUGGUGCACAUCAUCCAGUCUCGGGAGCCCUCCCUCAAGAACUCCAACCCUGAUGAGAUCGAGAUUGACUUUGAGACUCUGAAGCCGUCCACCCUGCGAGAACUGGAGCGCUAUGUAACCUCUUGUUUGCGGAAGAAAAGGAAACCUCAAGCUGAGAAAGUUGAUGUGAUUGCUGGCUCCUCCAAGAUGAAGGGCUUCUCAUCCUCGGAGUCAGAGAGCACCAGCGAGUCCAGCUCCUCUGACAGCGAAGACUCUGAAACAGAGAUGGCUCCGAAGUCAAAAAAGAAGGGGCACCCCGGGAGGGAGCAGAAGAAGCACCAUCACCACCACCAUCAGCAGAUGCAGCAGGCCCCGGCCCCCGGGCCCCAGCAGCCCCCGCCGCCUCCCCAGCAGCCCCCGCCGCCUCCACCUCCUCCUCCUCCUCCUCCUCCUCCGCAGCAGCAGCCCCCGCCCCCGCCGCCCCCGCCCUCCAUGCCGCCACAGGCGGCCCCCACGAUGAAGUCCUCGCCUCCGCCCUUCAUCGCUGCCCAGGUGCCCGUCCUGGAGCCCCAGCUCCCAGGCAGCGUCUUCGACCCCAUCGGCCACUUCACCCAGCCCAUCCUGCACCUGCCGCAGCCUGAGCUGCCCCCCCACCUGCCCCAGCCGCCCGAGCACAGCACUCCACCUCAUCUCAACCAGCACUCGGUGGUCUCUCCUCCAGCUUUGCACAACGCGCUGCCCCAGCAGCCAUCGCGGCCCAGCAACCGAGCCGCCGCCCUGCCCCCCAAGCCUGCCCGGCCCCCGGCCGUGUCGCCUGCCCUGGCCCAGCCACCCCUUCUCCCACAGCCCCCCAUGGCUCAGCCCCCCCAAGUGCUGUUGCAGGAGGACGAAGAGCCACCCGCCCCACCCCUCACCUCCAUGCAGAUGCAGCUCUACCUGCAACAGCUGCAGAAGGUGCAGCCCCCCACACCACUACUCCCUUCCGUGAAGGUGCAGUCCCAGCCCCCGCCCCCCCCGGGCCAGCAGCCGCCACACCCGCCCCCCGGCCAGCAGCCGCCGCCACCACAGCCCGCCAAGCCUCAGCAGGUCAUCCAGCAUCACCCUUCACCCCGGCACCACAAGUCGGACCCCUAUUCAACUGGUCACCUCCGCGAAGCCCCCUCCCCGCUUAUGAUACAUUCCCCCCAGAUGCCACCGUUCCAGAGCCUAACCCACCAGUCGCCACCCCAGCAAAACGUUCAGCCUAAGAAGCAGGUAAAGGGCAGGGCUGGGCCACGGCCCCCAGGGCCAGGUGCGGGCCGGUGCCAGAGGCACCCACCUGCCUCACCGGCCACUGUGCCUGUGCCGUCCCAGGAGCUGCGUGCGGCCUCUGUGGUCCAGCCCCAGCCCCUGGUGGUGGUGAAGGAGGAGAAGAUCCACUCACCCAUCAUUCGCAGCGAGCCUUUCAGCCCCUCACUGCGGCCAGAACCCCCUAAACACCCAGAGAGCAUCAAGGCACCCGUUCACCUGCCCCAACGGCCUGAGAUGAAGCCUGUGGACGUCGGGAGGCCUGUGAUCCGGCCCCCUGAGCAGAACGCACCCCCACCAGGGGCCCCCGACAAGGACAAACAGAAACAAGAGCCGAAGACGCCAGUUGCACCCAAAAAGGACUUGAAAAUCAAGAACAUGGGCUCUUGGGCUAGCUUGGUGCAGAAGCAUCCCACCACCCCGUCCUCCACAGCCAAGUCCUCGAGCGACAGCUUCGAGCAGUUCCGCCGUGCAGCCAGGGAGAAGGAGGAGCGCGAGAAGGCCCUGAAGGCGCAGGCCGAGCACGCGGAGAAGGAGAAGGAGCGGCUUCGGCAGGAGCGCAUGAGGAGCCGAGAGGAUGAGGACGCGCUGGAGCAGGCCCGGCGGGCCCACGAGGAGGCGCGGCGGCGCCAGGAGCAGCAGCAGCAGCGGCAGGAGCAGCAGCAGCAGCAGCAGCAGCAGCAGGCCGCCGCCGUGGCUGCUGCCGCUGCCCCCCAGGCCCAGAGCUCCCAGCCCCAGUCCAUGCUGGACCAGCAGAGGGAGUUGGCCCGAAAGCGGGAGCAGGAGCGGAGGCGCCGGGAGGCGAUGGCAGCUACCAUUGACAUGAAUUUCCAGAGUGAUCUAUUGUCAAUAUUUGAAGAAAAUCUUUUCUGAGAGCACCUAGGUGACUUCUUUGAUUUUCUGGCGAAACGUUGACUCUCCAUAGUGUUAGGGGCGGCAGUGGAGGCGGUAGCAGCGGCAAGGGGGUGGCUCCGGGCCUGGCCCUCCUGCAUGCUGUGCCCGGGGCAGGCCUGACGGGCAGCUGAGGAUCGCAGAGCCUGUCUGCCUUACAGCCAGCCGGACGUCCCGCCACCCACCACCCCCUCACAGGACGUCGGCUCAGAGCACGCCUCUCCACGAGCAAGUGCCGGCCAGAUCCAAGCCGCACGUCCCCGUGUGCGGGGCAGAGGUCCUGCUCUCCGCCAAAUGUCUACACAGUAUACACAGGACAUUGUUGCUGCCGCCACCGUGACUGGUUUUCUGUCCCCGAGAACGUGACGUUCGUGACGUCCUGCCCACCAGGAGUCCUUCCCCCACACCCCAGCCACUACCGCCCGCUCCCAGGAGGCCAGGGCAGGCCCGAGCGAGCUGGAGGCGGGCGAGGGCGCCGGCCCACCCCCUUGCUGGCACUGACUUUGCCUUGAACAGACCCCACCCCUCCCCUCCCCCCACAAGCCUUUAAUCGAGAGCCGCUCUCUGUAAGUGUUCGCUUGUGCAAAAGGGAAUAGUGCCGUGGAGGUGUGUGUGUGUCCAUGGCAAUUUGGAGCAAGGUGACUGUCACACGUGCGUGUGUGGGCCGGCCUCGCCCAGUGAGUGAGGCCACCAACCAAAGUCAGUUCCUUCCCACCUGUGUUUCUGGGUUGUUUUUUUUUUUUUUUUUUUUUUUCUAUAUAUAUAUUUUUUGUUGGAUUCUAUUUUAUUUUUAAUUCUCUCUUCUCCUCCAGACACAAUGGCACUGCUUAUCUCCGAAAUGGUGUGAUCGUCUCCUCAUUGAGCGGCGGCUGCCACCGCGCUGUGGGUAGUGUGUGACCGUGGCUGUACUGUGUAGUGAACAUAGUUGGCAUAUCUUUGUUUGAAGUUUGUUGGUGACUCCACCAAACUGGUGUAAAAAAACUCAAAAAAAAAAAAACCCACAAAAAACAAAACACACAAAACACAAAAAAAACUGCCUAUAUUUUACUCAGUUUCAAACUUUAUUAGUCAGUUUUUAAUUAUAAAGCCAUGUUUUCUUUUCCCUCCCCACCCUCGUUUGUUUUUAAUGUCAGAUCUGUUUGUGUUUUUUUUUUUUUUUAACCAGGAAAGGAAGGGCCAGGGGACGAGGCAGGCACCGGGGGCUGGGGGGCCACAGACCCCUGAGGGAGAGGCUCCCCACCCAGCCUGACCAGCCAGCUGCCCCUUCCCCCACCCCCCCUUUUUUUUUAAUUUUAUAAUUGGAGCCCUUGGUGAGGUUACGUGUGCCAUGAGAUCCCACUCUACACCACGACGCUGGUGCCUCAGUGUUGGCCAAACUCUGGAGUCACUGACUGGUUUGACUUUCAUACGGUGAAUAUGCAUUUGGUCUGUACUGAUCAUGGAAUAAACACAUCUCUCUUUUUUAA